CACCGAUCAAUGGAAAGAGCCAAAGAUGUUGGCUCUGUCAUGAGAUCAGCUGUGUCCAAUCACAGCUGAUCGCAUGGCACUGAUGAUCAGUGUAGCCCCAGCAGUGCCACCUGUCAGUGCCCAUCAAUGCCACCUGCCAGUUCCCAUCAGUGCCACAUCAAUGUCACAUAUCAGUGCACAUCAAUGCCACAUAUCAGUGCCCAUCUGAAAUGCCUUUCAGUGCCACCUAUCAGUGCCAGUCAGUGCCACCUAUCAAUGCCCGUCAGUGCCGCCUAUCAGUGCUGCCAAUCAGUGCCAGUCAGUGCCGCCUAUCAGUGUCCGUUAUUGCCACCUAUCAGUGCCCGUCAGUGCCACCUA